AUGCUUGUCAAAAAGGUAGCAGCUCGCGUUUUCGAGGGAGCUGCUUCGGCGGCUGUUGACUUACACACUGGCAAGGUCGACGUGAAGAAGUUGGCCGCGCACGUGAUCACUUGGAACGACGACGAGCUGUCUGAGAAGGUUACGCAUCGCAGCAGCGGUGACGUUGUCGAUAUCGCGAAGGGCUACAAGUGGUCGAAGGAGUUCCGAAUCGCGUCGCCCUUGGUCGGCGCGGAGGCCCAGGUUUGCCGCCCAGGGGAUAGGACAGGCGCGCCGAUCUUCAAGUUUUUCCCUCUCGGCAAGGGGCCGCACAAGUACAUGGUGGACCCCGAGGGCGACGGCCUGAAGCAGCGCACUGAGAACCACUCCCGCGAGAUCGACGAGGAGAUCGACAAGGCCAGGGCUGGCGAGGCCUGCGCGGAUGACAAGUUGCCUCCGUCAGCCGAGAAGGUUCAGAUCAAGAGAAAGGCCUCGAAGAUGGCCAGACAGUCGGCGAAGGAGAAACGGCAAAAGAUGGAGCAGGGGUGUGAUGAGUGA